UAAUUGUGAUCUGUCACAGCAAAACCAGGCGCAUGUCACACAGAAGAUGAGCCUAAAUGACACCAGGAGAUAAUAGAAGAAAUUGAUGUGCUCAUAUUUCACAAAAGGCAGACAAUAGAGAAAUGAACAAACAGUCCGUCUCAACCUGCCAAACUCAGAUCGACAUGCGCCUGGUUUUGCUGUGAUGGGUCAUUUGUUAUCAUGUAUUGAUUUGCACCAGAAAUUUGAAGUAGGCCGAAUAUGAGUUAGAUAGCUCGACAGGUGUUAUCGCAUGUACGCAUAUACACGGUUGGCAGUAGUGUGGGCGACUUUCAGAAGCCAACGACGAAUUGAAGGAGCUGGGAUCACAUUCAAACGUCGAGAGAAGGAUCUGAAUUGGAUAAGGCUAGCAAGGUAACAGCGAUGGCAUCCGAUGAGGCAGCAGUGAUUGACACUCAGGUCGAGCAUCAUGAAGAGGAAGACACCCCUAAGGGGAUGCGGGUUAUGAUGGCCAUUGAUUCAAGUGAAUUUGCAAAAUAUGCUUUUAGAUAUUAUUUUGAGAAGGUGCAUCGGGAGGAGAACUUCGUUGUGUUUGCUCACAGCAUAGAGUCGCCGUAUGUCGCCACAGCCAUCGCCACGGCGGGGUUCGGACACGCAGUUGUAACACCCAAUCCCGAUGGUCACAUCAAAACAUUGCGCGAGAAUACAGACAGACAGAUCAGACACCUCAAGAAACGGUAUACGAGGAGGAUCAGUAGAUUACCGUUCAAAGUGAAGCACAAGUUCCAUAUCAAUGAACACACAAGCGACCCAGGCGAUGCUCUCAUCCAGCUCUCGCGAGACGAGCACGUGGAUAUGGUUGUCAUAGGAACACGUGGUCUUGGUACUGUAAGGCGCACUCUGCUGGGUAGCGUGAGUGAUUAUGUGCUCCAUCAUAGCUCAGUGCCGGUGCUGGUCGUACAUAUGGAGGAAGACGAGGUACACGACAAAGAUUCGUGAAUGCAAGCAAACAAAAAAAUAAGCUUUUAAUAUGAAUUUACUAUAUCAAUUUGUUUGAGGGUAGGUUCUCGCCGAGUUUGAUUGGGACAAUGCAUGUGAACGUGCUUUAAUGAGCAAAAAAUCGCGUACGAAUGGAAAUAUUUUGUCUUCGAUCGGAUACUGUGGAUAUCAACCACACUUGCAGCGGCUUCAGCAAAAAGCACGUAAACUGUACGUCAAUGAAGGUGUAUUAUUAUUAUUGUCGUCUCAGGGCUGACUGAUUAAUCGCUUGCAAAUUAAAUGAAAUGAAUGUA